UAGCAGUCGGUAGUAGUUGGUGGUGGUUGAAGUUUCUUAUUUUCAUGGUAUGCCAUUAUAAUCGUCGUCGAGUUUUUUUCUCGUCUUCUUUUUCUGGCUAUGGCCGUUAUGGUGGUAUAGGUUUUCGUUACUGCAUCUUGUUUGUGUGUAAUUCUGGACGACGGGUUCAUAUCACAGCAGACAAUUAUUUCACAAAGGUGUUCGUACUCUCAAACACGCAGGAACGUACGCACGCACAUACGGCCGUUUAGGUGUUAGGUGACGAACGUUUAGGAAAAUUUUCAAUUUCCAAAUCACUUCUAUGCUGUAGGCCUAAACAAGAGGACGCGUAAACGGUUCUAAUUGAAAAUUAAAUUGAAACGAAAAACCGUCGUCAAUAACAGCUUCAAAUGGAUUAUAAAAAUGUUAAGUGAAAAAAAUUAAAACAAAAAAUAUAUUCUAGCAAUGGAUUACAAAUACAUGAAGUGAUGAUAAAAAAUAUCCACUGUGAGUGAAAUCAAGAAGAAAAUCUAUAAAAAUAUAUAAAAUUUCCUCAAGAAAAAAUUGAAUUAUUUUUUUCGAUUAAAUAAUCAACAAUUCGAAAGAGAUAUAUAAAACCUGAAUGUGAAACAAGUGUAACUAAAAAUCUUAGUUGUAUAUCUAAGAGUGUUAAUUGUAUAUCCCAAAAAACAAACAUACCAUCCUGGGUAGUCCAUAUCUUCAAAAUACGCCCACGGGCCCGGAUAGCCCGCUUCUUUUCAAUUCUGUUGCUGAUGCUAACGCUCCUGCUACUGUUGCUUCGCUUGCCUCAUCUGCUGCCACAACUGUAACUAAACCCCUUCAAUUAUCACAAAAUUCGGCAUUUAAUUUGGCAUUUCGUUCCUCGUCCAAUUCUUUGAACGCUUUUCAAGCUGCCGUGGCUGCCGCCGGUAUAAACGGUUUCAAUUCAACGUCAAAUUUGUAUCGCUUUAACGAACGUAUUGACGAGAGCUUAAAUUAUAAUACAGCCAAUCACAACGAACGCGAUCUAGCCAUGGAUUUAAUUAAUCCCUAUAUGCGGCAUCAUACAUUCGCCGCUGCUGCCGCCUCUCAAAAUUCUUCACCUGGCGCUGUUAGCCUUUUGAAUCGAAGUCCCCCGCUACAUCAUCACGGCAAUCAUUUAGCAAAUGGUUUUCCAGAUCCCACACAAAUGGAUUAUCAAAAUCAAUUACUGGAUUAUCACAAUGCCGCUGCGGCAGCAGCCUAUGCUGCCAACAACAAUAAUCAUCCUUUGAUACUGCUCAAGAAUAAUUCCGCAUCUGAUAAAAUGCACAUGGAACCAAAGUCACCAAGAUCGCCUGAGGACUCGUCAACACCUCCGCCUCACAACAUUGGCGAUCAUCAACAAAAUCAUUCAAAUAAUUCACAAACAUCAUCCCGCCUACAAUCUGAAUCGCCCGAUAAUUGUCAUAACUCUCUGAAUCAAAGAUCAAGAUAUGACAAUAACUCUAGUCCCGGUGUAGAUAGUUCGAAAUCGUUUUCAGUCAGUCAACGUUCCAGUGAAGAAGCUGGCAAUAACAGUGAAUCAAGUCCACCUCCGGCAGAUUAUAGUCCAGAAAAUCUCUCGAGUCGUAAAUUUACCUCCUCCAAUACAGGCCAUCCGCUGGGCAUACACAAUAACAACAAUAUAAGUUUGGAUCAUAAAUUACCUUUGAGUUUUUUGGGUCCACCUUUGGCGGCACUGCACUCAAUGACUGAAAUGAAAACUGCGGCGGCAAAUGGUGGUCCCAAUGCGGGUUCCGGUUAUGGCUCAUCACAAAAUUCACAUUUAAUGUCGGAAAAUCGUAUAACAUCUUCGUCGUCAUCAUCGUCGGGCAGUGUUGGCACAACGACAAAUACCCAAAGUCAUGGUACGGCAAAUCCACAUGGUAUUGAUACGAUUUUAUCGAAACCACCUCCAGUCACAUCGGCCGGAUUAAGUGCAUUAACGGGAGGUGGCAUACCACGCUUCUCAAUAGCUGCCGCCGCGGCGGGCAUGGCUCAAUAUUUGUCACAAAAUCAAGGAACACCUCUGAAACCUCAUGGCGCUCAUAUGGUUGAACGAACGCAUCUGUAUUGGCCCGGUUUGCAGGGUCUGGUGGCCAAUCCAAUGGCGUGGAGAGAAAGGUUAUCGAAUACAAUGUCUGCCAAUUUAUCCCAGUCACAUCAACACCAUCAGUCCAACGAUAAGGAUGGCAAAAAGAAACACACCCGCCCAACAUUUAGUGGUCAACAAAUCUUUGCCUUGGAAAAGACAUUUGAACAAACCAAAUAUCUGGCUGGACCAGAGAGAGCUAAACUAGCAUAUGCCUUAGGAAUGACUGAAUCACAAGUUAAGGUCUGGUUUCAAAAUCGUCGCACCAAAUGGCGUAAACGUCAUGCUGCUGAAAUGGCCACAGCUAAACGUAAACAGGACGAUAUUGGUGGCGACAAUGGUGACGACUGUAGUGAACCCAUGGACAGUGACAAUGAAAGUUUAGACAUCGAUGAAAAUCCGGCACAACGGAAACGAAAUCGCAUGGAGGAUAAUUAUCGCCAUUAGUUGUGCCCCGUUAG